GAUCCGACGGUCGUAAUGCUUUUUACGUCACGCCGAUCCAUCGUGCUUCCUAACCUCAAUCUUACGCGGCCCGGUUUCUAGGUUCUACAACAUAAUAAGGCGCUGAGUGUCUCGAAGAGGGGUAGUUUUUGGUGUGUUAUAUUGGGAGUAAAGUGGUUAAAGAUGGAUUGAAAGGAAUAUCUUUGAGGAAGUUGUGCGAAUCUGCGGUGUUGUAGUUGUUCGAGAAGGAAAGGAACAUGUCUGCUAAAAGGAAAGCCUCGGCUGUGAUACAGCAUCAUAAGGAUAACUUGUCAACCCCUGAAUCAUCUGAAGAAAAUGGCGAAGAAACAUAUAAUGGUACCAAGAACGGUACCAGCGACAUAUCCGACCUCACCUCGAUAUCGGGGAACGAGGAGAUGGCAGGCCUGUGGGCCCAGUACCAUUCGGCGCUGGGUCUGGCCAAAGGCAAGACGACCCCGCCCUCCAUCAGAGACCCGUCGAGUCCGGUGAAUGCUGAAACAGGAUCCGCUCACGAUGAAACCAGUUCAAGCGGGAACAAAGACGAUGAAGAUGAUGACGACGAUGACUCCGAUGACAAAAUAGAUGCCCAGGCACACGAUCCAGAAAGACUGAAAGCAUUUAAUAUGUUCGUGAGGUUAUUCGUUGACGAGAACCUGGACAGGAUGGUGCCGAUCAGCAAACAGCCUAAAGAGAAGAUCCAGGCGAUCAUAGAUUCGUGUACGAGGCAGUUUCCGGAGUUCGCCGAGAGGGCGCGCAAGCGUAUACGCACGUACCUGAAGUCGUGUCGACGGAACAAGAGGGCGAGGGACCCGAGCACCGCCUGGGAUGCGUCGAGACCGACUCCAGCUCAUCUGACCUCAGUACAAGCCGAACAAAUUCUCGCAACAGCAUGCGAGAACGAAAGCCAUAACGCCAAAAGGAUGAGGCUAGGACUGGAACCUGUUAGUCAACCAAUGCCUGUCGUGCCUGGCGUUCAACCUACAGAUACAACCGCGGCCAUAAAUAGAAGUUUAGAUUUCCCCAACAGUACAAAGAUAGAAAACGAUAUAUCCAAUACAUUCCCUUCAGCAACCACAGCACCUUCUACGACACAUAAUUCUAUAACCAAAGGACCUGUCACCACAGAAAUCAAAACGUCAUUAAGUUCGUCCAACAAUUUGGGCAUCGUGACGACAUUGAACGGCAUCGGCCCGAGUCCCACCGUGGUAGGCGCCGUGGCUGCGGUGGCAGGUUCGACUCCCACAGCCAUGUACCGACCGAACUUCUCUCAGGCCUUCCAGAGGGCAGGGCCGUACCCGUUGUUUCCUGGACCGCCGUUUGGCGCUGCUGCGGCGGCAGGCUUAUUAACGACGGGCCCUGCAGAUUUGAGUAUAAAACAGAAACCUCUGGUCAAUCACAAGUUGAACACUGGCGAAAUGGCCGCAGUCAGACAGCUAAUCACAGGUUACAGGGAAUCUGCUGCAUUUCUGCUCAGAUCAGCCGAUGAACUGGAACAACUUCUGCUACAGCAACAGUAAACUACAAUACUCUAUAUUAUUUUCCAGCCUCUCAGAACUUUACAUACUGAAGAGUAAUAUAAUACAUAAUAUUUUAUAGUCUCAGAUGUUACAGAUACUGGGAAAAGUUGUGCUAGUGCCGACAUCUCUUGGCUGGAUGGGGCGGUUCUUUGAAUAGAGAUUUCCUUGUUUUACUAAGAGUGUCCCGCAUAAUAUAGAUUGUUUGGAAAAUAUAUUUUAGACUGUAUUGGUAGAGUUGUGUUGUAAACUGAGUUUAAAAGUAAGUUUUAUUUUGAACAAAUAAUAAUUUGUCUUACUCCAUCGUUAUAAUAUGACCUGGUAUGUGCAUAACCUGAUUGUAUAUGGUUAAGUUGAAUAUCAGUCGAUUUUGAAAAAUAAUACAUUUCUAUAAUACAGGGUUGUUCACCACAUACGACACGGAGUAUUGUAGCUAAACGAUUAGAUUUUUACAAAUUGUAAAUUUUGGGUUCGUUG